UCGGAGUUAUCGCAUUUUGGUCCUUCUCAGAAUUGAAAGAAAAUACAUCAUUCCAAAAUUACAACUCACAUUUUCAUAUGAAUAUCGGGGGCAGAGUAUGAAGUUGAUGAUCGCAUUUGUUGUGCUAGUGUCUUGGCAGAUCAACUUUUCCCAACAGCAGAUUCAAGAAUUCGAUGGAUAUGAUUACCCAAAGCCAACCUGUUCUUUAUUGGAUCCAUCCACCGUUACUACGACGGUACCUUUCCUGGAAUAUAUUACAGUGAAACAAUUCGAAACUCGUACCAUAUUCAGUGUGUUGAAACCAAGUACAGUGGUAUCGACCGUUAUAAGCCCCACUACAACAACCGAAAUUAGCACAAUCACCAGCUUCGGAACGCGAACAGAUUUCCGAACAAUUAUUAAUGUUGCUACCGAGACUCUACCGCCUGUUACAAAUGUGGUGACUUCGCUUGUUACCCAGUGGAAAACGAUAGCCUACCCUGUGGUUGAAACUGAAGUGUCCACGGAGAAAGUUCUGCUAACUGAAACGGAAACACAAUAUGAUACCAGGAUAUCCACAAUUAGACACACCGUGACAUCCACACUGCCUGUGACAACCGUUGUUACAACCACUGUGUGUUCCUUGAAUAAUGCGUAUCUUCCAGCUUUAGACAAUCCUACGUGUGCACCGGUAAAUGUUUUUCCACGGGAACUCCCACCACCACUAGAUCUACUUCCUCCAGACAUUCCAUUGCUGGCAGCACCAGCAAACACCAUCCGCCCCACAACCCAUACGAAAAUCAUCACUGUCACAUUGGAGCCAACGGAAACCAACACCCGCAUAAUCCGCCCGACCAGUACCGUCGUUAGUUAUCUCGAUGCGACAACUAUCAGCCAAACGAUCAGACCAACCUCAACCAAAUAUGUUUCCAAGGGCGCCACCACUGUAACGCUAUCGUUCACCAAGACCGCUUCUGUUAUUCAGUACGAUCAACGUGUUACCAAGACGGUUAACAUAACGCCAACGAUGACCAGUUACAUAUAUCACGAUGCUGUUACGAAAACGAUUCAACGGCGAGCGCGUAAUGCUUCCGGUUGAAAGAAGACGCAUGAAACGCUAACUUGUUGC